AUGGCAACAAAAACACCCCGUCUUGUUGUUUGUGGUGGAAGCGGCUUUCUUGGUUCACGCAUUUGCAAAUCAGCCGUUUCCCGGGGUUGGACUGUAACUUCAGUCAGUCGCACCGGCGAACCCGAUUGGAACACAACUUUUGGAUCUCCGACACCCCCGGAAUGGUCUGGCAAGGUAACCUGGGCCAGAGCAAACCUCUUGUCCCCUUCAACCUAUAAGGAGUAUCUUAAGGAUGCGACAGCAGUGGUCCAUUCCAUGGGCAUCUUGUUGGAGGCUGACUAUAAGGAAGCCUUGAGUGGAAAAGAAAACCCAAUUACCAGCAUCUGUAGGGCUUUCGACUCGGCCAAGGGAACCUCCAGGAAUCCAUUGAAGGAGAACAGUUCUGAAAAACCGCAGCUGACAUAUGAGACGAUGAAUCGUGAUUCCGCCAUAACCCUUGCAGAAGAAUCUAUUGCGGCAGCGCCUGAAACUCUCUCUUCAUUCGUCUAUAUUUCUGCAGCCAGUGGAUCCAUAGUUCUCCCUAGCCGCUACCUCUCUACAAAGAGAGAAGCUGAAGCAGCUAUCACCGCCCUCUCCACAUCCAAGAAACCAUUCCGCCCAAUACUACUCCGUCCAGGGUUCCUAUACGACCCUACCCGCCCGGUCACCAUGCCCUUGGCAGGGUUGAUUGGUGUCGCCUCAGCUGUGAAUUCACUUUUCGGCGGAAAGCUACCGUUACUGGGGGCUGCGGGGUAUAAACCGUUGAAGGUUGGGGUUGUAGCGGAGGCGGCUGUCGAGGCCAUCGCCCAUGAGUCUGUUAAGGGUACCGUAGAGGUUAAGGAUAUUGAGAAGUUGCACUCGGAGGCCUGGAGGAGAGAUAUGUUGUAA